GUUCCUCUGUUCUGUGAUGUUUAGGGGGUCCAGUCCGGUCCAGCCACACAGACCUGCGUCUGGAGGAGCAGGAAAAACUUCAGCAGAGACGUGUCUUCUGAUAACGAGCUCUACACACUGUUCUCCAGAUUCGGAUCAGGAGCGGAGCACUUCUGGAAGCGCGCGAACAUGGACGAUCUAGACGCAUUGCUUGCAGAUCUCGAGUCUUCCACCGCCCAUAUCUCCAAGUGCCCAGUGUUUCUACCCGAGGAGACGCCAUAUUCCUACCCCACCGGAGGACACCUUUUUCAGGAUGACUCCCCUCUUCCGCCCCUGCCCCCUCCACCCUCAGCUGAGGCCCUGAAUGGAUCACUGUCCCCGCAGCAGGACUCCCAACACUCCUCACAACAGUCUCUGGGCUCUGCUCAUAAAAGCACGUUGUCUCGGGACAGCAGUCCACCAGCCUCGCAUACGGAAGAAGACCACGUUUACAGUUUUCCUAACAAGCAGAAGCAUUCGGACUCAUCAGCCGCAGCCAUGACUUCUGCCCUGGGCAGCAACCUGUCUGAACUGGACCGCCUUCUUCUGGAACUCAGCGCUGUACAGCAAAAUGCCCCAUCAUACUCCACCACAGAAGAUGCUGCACCUCCAUUGCCGCCCUGCAGUGUUGCCCACUAUAUCCAGGAGAAUGGAGCCCACCCAGGCAUCACACUGACACCGGCAGCCCAGGACAGGCCUCAGAGGAAUGAUACGAAGGGGACAGAAGAUGGCCGUCCCACUGUAGAAAGUCUUCUGAAUGAGUUGGAGAGCUCUGUGCCUUCCCCAACGCCAAGCCCCUGUGCUCUGACGAGUAAAUUGACGGACGGACAGGUGGACACAGCUUCCGAGCAGCAGGGCAGAAUAUCAGCCACCUCCGCUACACGAGAACUAGAUGAGCUCAUGGCCUGCCUCUCAGAUUUUAAGGUGCAGAGCAAUCCAAGUUCAUUGGGUUCCCUGAACUCUGAGUUAAUGUUUGAGCAAACUACUACAAUUGCUGUAAUCCACCCUCCCCCUACAACUGCCGUGUCCAAAUCCCUGUCCCCUACCCUCCCAGCGGAUCCAAGCCGAUAUUGCCCAGGUCUCUCCCCUCCUUUAAACUUUGAACUGCACAUUGUGGAGGAUUCUGGUGAACCGGGGGCUGCGCCUCCACCAUUGAGUGUUGUCCCAAAGCCUUCCUCUCGACUGUCUCCACCUGUAGCAUCCAGUCCUCAUUUUUCUUCAGUACCUGACCUGGGCUUGGAUACUUCCAUUGAGGUUUCUGCUUCCCUGCUCUCCUCCCAGGUGGAGUCUCUAGUGGUUCUGUCUCAGACUAUAACCACGACUUCCACAUCUGGAGGUGGGGACAUUUGUAGUAUCAGGGAGGGAAGUCCUUCUGCCAAAUUGACAAGCACUGGGCUAAAGUCCUAUUCGCCUAUCAUCAAGUCUUCUAGUCCAACAAGUGCCCCAGUGGUCAGCAGAACCAAUGAAAGAGUUAGUCCAUUGUUGACACCAGCAUCUAUUGAUCUGUAUCUCUCCAGCUCUGAAGCAAAACCUAUGAGUCCAGUGUCAUCUCUUCCCAGAUCUCCACUUCCUACAGUCUCUGAAUCACCAUCUCUGUCUCUUCCCAAAGCUGUUUCACCCCCUCUAAUCCUAUCCUCUUCCUCAUCUCUAGUGGUUCCCAAGUCCCCAAGCCCAAAACCAUCAUCGGGACAGCCUGAUUCAGCUGUUUCUCUCAAAACCCUUCCUCCCACUGGGCUUGAAUCAGCAACCUAUGAGCCAUCUCUUGAUGAUGCCUUGGAUAAACUUCUUGCCAUGAGCUUCAGCAUGCCUGAGAACGAGGCUCCAAUCACAGCAUCAGCGGCCUCACGGCUCGCUUCGGAAGUGCAACCAGAAGUUUACGAGGAGACAAUAGUAGUAGUGGAUCGCAGCAACAUUCAUCCAGACACUCACACAGAGAGUGAAAUUGGGGAUGGACUCUUGGAGGAUCAGUCGGACUGCAGGAGUGAUCUUGACUGGGCUGACAUGGAAUUGAAGAUGGCCUACGAAGGACCUGAUGGCUCCUUGACCCCCAUGACCGAGGCAAGCUGGAUGGAUGACUCCCUCACUCCGUCAUCUUGCCCUGGAACCCCAGAUGCCCAGAUGGACCUUCCCAUGCUCCAUAUGGCUGGCACGAUGGACAGGAUCUCAGCCUCUGGACAUAUCAAAUCAGUUAUUAGACGUACCAAGGAGAUUCAAAACGUCCACCCCAUGUACCGAGAUGGCCUGAUACGAAGGAAGAUGGGCCCCCUGAUUUUCCACAAGAGCAACUCCCAGGACCGGCUCAUUGAGGAACUGCAAGGCAAGCUGGGAAUUGCCCGUAAGGAUCGUCCGAAAAAGCAGCAGCCAGACGAUUGGCUCACAGAAGGCGUCAUUGUCAUGUCCAACCCCAAACGCUCACGAGAAGACCACAACAGGGAGGUGGAUAAGGUAGACGGGAAGGAUCUACGGAUUCAGCAAAUUCUGUUUCCAUUCAAUUCCUGAAAUUCUUUUGCUUAAUUGCGUUGAAGUUUCUCUGUAAUCACCUGCUUCUUUCUUCUUCAUUCCUACUUUCCAUCUUUUUCUCUCUCGUCUUCUGUCUUAUCGGUGUCUUCCUCUAGAUAUUCAUACCUCCUGAGUCUCCUCUUCCUCAGAGGAAGGUGAUCCCACCUCCCCAGUCUCCCCCGAUCCCUCGCCCCC